AUGAGACCAGAUGUUGUUAUCAUUCUUCCUCACGUAUCAUUUGGAAUCCUUUCAGCUACACGUUCUCUCAUCGCAUAUCUUCUUGUAUUAGCUUCUUCCUUUGUUUCAUUUUUUAUUAUUCUUCGCGUCGGUCUCUCUCUUUCACUUUCUCUAUCUUUCUUUCUCUCACUCUUUCUCUCCCUCGCACAGCGUUCUUCUAUCAACUUUAAAAUCAUUACAUUCUUCUUCUUCUUCUGUUUCUUCUUCUUUUUCUUCUUCUUCUUUUUCUUCUUCUUCUUCUUUCUUUCGUUCUUUCUUUCUUACUGUUACGUAUUUUUUAAAUUUUCAAACUUCUUUUUUUCACCUUUUUUAUUUACUUUUGGCCAUUCCUGUUUUCCAUUUAUCAUAUACUAUUCCUUCAUUCUUUCUUUCCUUCAUACUUUUUUUCAUUCUUUCGUUCCUUCUUCAACUAAUUUAUUUUAUUUUUUCCAUCAUUUUUAUUCUUCUGCAUUACUAUCUUUAAUUCUGUAUUAUAAUAAUAAUAAUAAUUAUUAUUAUUUUAUUUCUAUUUUUUCUUUCUUUCUUUCUCUCUUUCUUUUUUUCUUCAUUUCCGGCAUUAUUUUUUAUUCAUAUUUUAUUAUUAUUCUUAUUAAACUUUCAUUCAUUCAUUCAUUCUUUCUUUCUUUCUUUUUUUCAUUCUUUCUUUCCUUCUUCAACUAA